GGAGUGACUCGUUGACUGCGACGACCGCAAUUUCGGCAACAUGGGAGCCGAUGUGGGAUUUAUUCUAAACGGAUUUUAAGGACCGUCGUGAAAAUGGCAGAGAGGUUGGAAUGGGUGGAGAUCAUCGAGCCACGCACACGAGAGCGUAUGUACGCCAACCUGCUGACCGGCGAGUGUGUGUGGGACCCUCCGCAGGGUGUUUGCAUCAAGCGGACCGGGGACAACCAGUGGUGGGAGCUGUUUGAUCCCAACACCUCGCGCUUCUACUACUACAAUGCCUCUACUCAGCGCACAGUGUGGCACCGACCUCAGAGCUGCGACAUUAUCCCCCUGGCCAAGCUGCAAACUCUGAAGCAGCACACCGAUGCCACCAACCCCCGUCCUGCAAGUGGAGGAGGAGGGAGAGCAUCAGCUGAAAACAGCCCGGGACGAAACAGCGGGGUCAGCCGAGAAGGAAGCACCUCCUCCUCCCUCGAUCAGGAGCUUUCUGAAAAACAGGGCAACAGAGAGGAAGCAGACAGGACUUCUCCCUUCAGGUGGAACACGGGUACAAAGGAGCGAAUGCUAAUAAAGGUGACAGACAGAGAGCCCAGCUUCUUGGCCCACCAGGGAAAUGGUUAUUCCCCCUGUGACCCCCCCACCCCUGGUCCCCCUUCUGGAGGGGGCACCACCUCACGAACUCGCCGUUGCUCAGGAGGAAACCCGCCUCCAGAUCCCGAUGGAUCCCCUGUUCUCUACAGCGACCGCCGCCAGUCUCCCUUCCUAAAGCGGGCUGAGCUGGGUGGCAUCGGCACUCACCGCCGCUCCUCAGCCGACUCCCAGCCUCCAUCGCCCCGCUACGCCUAUGAACCCCCGCUGUAUGAGGAGCCGCCAUCAGAGUACCAGCCCCCUCCCAUCUACGAGGAGCCUCCCACUGACAUACACCUCUCUGACUCUUCCUUCUACUGCACCGGCAAGUCCCCUGCUCGUAAGUCUUCAGCCCCCCUCUAUCACUCCCCCAAGCAGGGCCAGUCGCCCUAUGGCCAGCUGGUUCUGACCAGGCAGAAGUGUCCAGAGAAGACCCAGAGUCUAGAGUACAGUCCUGUGGGGAAGGAGUACGUCAAGCAGCUGGUGUAUGUCGAGCAGUCAUCUUCCAGCCCUCGCUUCAAGACCGCCGACCGGCUGCUGCGUUACGGUACGACAGGGGGCUUUGGUGGCUCAUAUGGGGGGUCCUACACUCUGCAGCACAGCCAGUCCCUAAUCAGAGAUCCCCGCCUACUGCUGGACUACAGUGGGGAGGGUGGAGAGGGAGGCCAGAGGUUGCUUUAUGAGGACUCCAUAUCCUGGACUUCCAGUCAGACCCACUCCCUCUCCUCUUCCUCUACAGGUGGCCCUGGAGCUUUCUCUCCCGGAGGUAACCGCAAACGCAAGAGCCGCAAGCCGUCCCUCCCCCAGGAGCUGGCACGCUGCGGCGGGCCGGAGGGGGAGCUGACAGGCACAGCAUCCGAGGCAAUGCUGGCCCAGGCAAGGCUGGCAUGGGAGGCCCAGCAAGUGAUGAAGCAGAGGAGCAGUUGGGACUCGGGGCAGGGCGGGGGUACGGUCCAGGGUAGCGGCUCCAAAGACGGCUAUGAGAGUGAUGGGGCGGUGCCUCUGCCGUUACCAGGACCGGUGGUGAGGGCGUUCAGUGAGGAUGAGGCGCUGGCGCAGAGUGAUGGCCACCACUGGAAACGCAGCACCUUCGAUCGGCUGGGCUUCCCCCAGGCCCUGCUGGAGAAAAGCCUCUCGGUCCAGACCAGCCUGGCCUCGCCUGAGCCUUACCUACACCCAUCACAGUCGGAGGACCUCGGAGCCUGUGCCCAGUUUGAGGCCAGUCGAAAUGCUAGGAAUAUGAUGCCGAGCGCCAGCUGUGGCAUUUUCCCAGAAUUCACCCUGAGAAAGCCCUCCUCAGAGACAGACAUCGAGAACUGGGCGUCCAAGCACUUCAACAAACACACACAGGGUCUGUUUAGAAGAAAGGUGUCCAUUGCCAACAUGCUGGCCUGGAGCAGUGAGCCCAUCAAGAAGCCCAUGAUUGUGACCUCAGACCGCACCGUGAAGAGGGAGGCAGUGGACAUCUUUAAGCUCAUUCAGAACUUCAUGGGAGACCGUCGCUCCAAGGCUGACUCCCUCUCUGUGGCUCUGGAGGUGGUGGUGCGUGGGUGGAGUAAUCAGGGUCUGCGUGAUGAGCUCUACAUCCAGCUGUGUCGUCAGACCACCGAGAACUUCCGCUACGACAGCCUGGAGCGAGGCUGGGAGCUGAUGGCCAUCAGUCUGGCCUUCUUCCCCCCCACACCCCGCUUUCAUACCUACCUGGAGGGCUACAUCUGCAGACACAUGGACCCCCUCAAUGACACCAAGGGAGUGGCCAUUAGCAGCUAUGCUAAAUACUGCUACAGGAAACUGACAAAAGCUGCUCUGACUGGUGCCAAGAAGGGCCUGCAGAAGCCCUGUCUGGAGGAGAUCAAGCACGCCAGGAAUGCCAUCUUCAGUCCCUCCAUGUUUGGCUCCUCCCUGGAUGAGGUGAUGGCGCUGCAGAAGGAGCGGUAUCCAGACAGCCAGCUGCCCUGGGUGCAGACUCGCCUCUCUGAAGAGGUUCUGGGUCUCAAUGGAGACCAGACAGAAGGCAUCUUCAGGGUACCAGGGGACAUAGAUGAAGUCAAUGCCCUCAAACUGCAAGUGGAUCAAUGGAAAAUUCCCACAGGACUGGAAGACCCACACAUCCCAGCGUCUCUGCUGAAGCUCUGGUACAGGGAGCUGGAGGAGCCACUCAUCCCUCAUGAGUUUUAUGAGGAGUGUAUCAGUCACUAUGACAACCCAGAGGCAGCUGUCAACGUGGUGCUGGGCCUGCCGCACAUCAACAAAUUGGUGCUCUGCUACCUCAUCCGCUUCCUACAGGUAUUUGCCCAGCCUGCCAAUGUGGCCAUCACCAAGAUGGAUGUGAACAACCUUGCCAUGGUGAUGGCUCCCAACUGUCUGCGUUGCCAGUCCGACGACCCCAGGGUGAUCUUUGAGAACACCCGCAAGGAAAUGUCCUUCAUCCGGGUGCUCGUCCAGCGGCUGGACACCAGCUUCAUGGAUGGAAUCCUAUAGCCCCCCCACCACACACACACAUAGACACAUACACAUCAUCCAUACUACCCUCCCUUUAACCCCCCGCUACACCCUCCCCCAGCACAGGAACAUCAUACAUACACGUUGUUGCCACUGGGUGAACACCUUGCCUCUCCAACAUGUUACUUUUCUGGAACUAACAAAACUGCCUUGUUUGACCACUGUACAAUUUGAGUUGAGACAGCUGUUUUUCUAUCUCUGUAGAUGUAGUCCUCUAGUUGAUAUUUACUGAAGAAAAACACCAGUAUUUGAGUUCCAAGGUUUUCAUAUGCUAACAGUACUGUGUGUGCCUUCACAUACAUUAAUACAGUAUACUCAUACAGUUUGAAGGAACUAGCAGGGAUCUCAUCAGGAUCAUUCCGUUGGAUUCAUGUUGCUGGAACACUCUCAAAGGUUCAUUUUAAAUCCAACUUAUUUGUUUUAUAUUAACUGAUUGUUCUCUUUGUUUUCCCUGCCUAAACACACAUACAAACUGACACACACAGCAGUACAUGCACACACUUACAUUGAAAGUCUUGCCCCAGGGUUUCACCUUCUGCAAUGUACAAUACCAUCUAACGAAAAGCAAAAAGGAUCAGCGAGAUGAAUGAUGCAUUAAUUCAAACCUACAGGUGUCAAGUCUCUCACACAUACACUGGCUAAGCAAAGCAUUCGUAGUGUUCAGCACCAGAUUUUCACAAGAAUGACCUCACCAUUCCAUCAGUACUUUAUUAUGUUGUUAGAUGUAUGCCUCAGACAGCAGGUGUAAAGGUGAGGCUGUGUCCAACAUUGUGUUUCACACUGCCACAACCUACCAGAGGGUCCUCUGUUUGUCAUGCACUUGUGUGAAACCUGUGCUGUCUCAAUGGGGCAGAAAUCAUAAGACAAAAACAUUUGGGCAAAUCUGUAACUUGAUUCUGUUAAUCAGAUGUUGGUUGACUUUAAACACGUGCAGCUGUAAAGGAAGACAGAUAAGGCGAUAGCUCGGUAGGUCAUCAAGUGAGGAGAACGCGGACACUAAAUCUGAGGGUCCAACACUUCCAUCAUGUUGGGUUUAUUUGCAUACACUGUUUAAGUUGUUAGUACGUUCUAGAAAUGUUAAGCAUGAAGUGAACACAACAUACUCCACAUGUAAUUAUCAAAGAGUCUCAUCAUGUUUUGUGACGGACUGUUAGGACCAUCGGCUGCAACUCAACUUAUUUCAUUCAGGGUAUCUGCAGGUCUUGUAAAGUCUUAAAAAGCAUUGAUUUAGUUUCCAUCAAAAGGCCUUCUUAGAAGGUACAAAUAUGUGUUAUAUUUAGUUUAGUCUACUAUAAAAGUCUAACCCUUCUGCUGCAGGCAGUAAUGUUGGUUAUAAAAGGUUUUUGCAUGCUGUCUUGAGUUACAGGUGUAACAGACCAUCAUACCUGUAACAACACUGUCACUGACCGAGCUGCAGCUCAUCGGCUCAUAAUGGGAAGGUUGAGAAUGAAUUAUUUAUUAAUUGGUUAAUCUUCGCUGGGUCGAGUUAGUGUAAUUUACUUAAUUAUAUCAUUUAGAAUUAUUAUUAUGUAUUGCUGGGAAAAAGUGACACAAAUAUAAUAAUGAAUACAUCUACAUUGCCCCUCGUGGUUUUCCAUCAUACUCUCAUACUGUGUAUGACAGUGAAAGAAGUAAUAAAUUAUAUUCUAUAUGACCUUGCGCCCUGUAGAAACCCUGCUCAUAGUUCUGUAAAUGUUGUAUGCAUACUAACACCUUUCACAUACUUCAUUUGCAUAUUACUAAUACUGCAUGAAGUACUCCCCGUAUAGUACAUGGGACAGAAUGAAGAACGUGGACACGGCUGUGAUAAUAAGCUCCACACUAACAGUUUAGCAUACACCAUACUGGUCAACAGUCAGUGCUCAAACAUAAUGUCAAGUGUUAGCAGGCACACGACUUAAACUAGCCUACACUGUCUCCUCAUAUAGAACAUCAUUAUGAGCAGCUCACUCGUCUCCUGCUCAUUUUGAGUCAAUAUCUUCCACUUGGCAAAAAUAACUUGCACUAUCAACGAUGGAUGUUGCAUCCACAUAUAAUCCAAUAUUAACACAAUAUGAUCAAUACGGCUAAUUAAAAUGCUUACUUGUUAACAGACUGCUACAGGCAGCGAUGGGGCUACCGUGUUGGAACGAUGUGUGAAUGCUUCUAAAGGAGAUUCUCGGGAGGUGUUCUUGUGUUCUUCACAUUGGGACUGUGUGUAUGUACUAAUACUUGAAGUGAGUCAAUCCAAGUUUGACUGAACAGCAGCCGGCAACAAGUGACAAUUACAGGUGAUUCUAAAACACAGAUAAUAAUUAUAAAGUCAACCAACUGACUCAAUGCAUGCAGACAAAUCUAAGUUUGGUUAAAUUAGCUGACUUUAGCCACCAUAAGCUACUGGGCACACCAGAACAUGUAAGACUGUAGCAGACAAACCCCUGAGUGAAUUAAGUGAGCAACAGUGUGUUUUUAUUACCAGUUCAACUUUUCAUUUGUAAGAGGGAGAAUGUGUUAUUUCUUCUUCUUCAAAAGAGUGUUAAAUACUGUGCAGAAUAGUCUACCGCAUACAGCUCUGGAGACAGUAAUUGUGGCACAGGGGGAUUUGGUGUCCAUGCUCUAAUCACUGAACACUGAGGGCCAGCUUCUGGCUGAGCGUGUGCUGACAAAGGAAAUGAGCUAGUGACUCUUGCCUUGGCUCUGACAGAUGAUUGGUUGUAACAUGUAAACUGAUCUCACAACCAUCUUGCAUUCCUUAGCAUUAGGUCAUCUUGAGGAAAUUUGGUCAUGUCUGUCCAGCAGUCACUUUAAGUGUUGAAUCCAUGAGAACAGAUGCAGGAGCAGGGAGGAUCACAGCACUGCCACAAAGGCUCCGUCCGUAAUGUUUAAACACAGCACAGCAUGCUCGUACUGCCUGGGAGGGAUUUGAGAAGUGCCAGGUCUCCCACAACACCCCCCAGCCCGUCCCCCCACCUGACCCCACCACCACGAGCCCCAACAGGCCUUUCUGCUCACUAAUGAUUUGUGAAUGUGUCGUCUACCUUCUCAUCUGUCUGUCUGUCUGUCAGUCAUUGUUUACAAAAUGUACCCGUCUCUUGCAUCCAUCUUUGUCUGUGAGCAAGUACUGUUGUUUUUUGUAUUCAUUUGAGAUUGUUGCUGUAUUUAACAGAAUUUCUAUGUUUCUUAACCCAUUCUUUUUAUAUGAUUUAAUUUAUUUAUAUUUAUUUGAGGAGAUUUCCUUAAUGCCUUCUCAAGAUAUUGUAUUGUAGGCUCCAGUGUGUGUGUUUUUGUUACUGUACGAGUGUGUAUGUGUAUGGUUGCAUGGGUGUGCGAUCGACUGUAGUUUUCAGUAUGCCAGGGCACGUACGUGUUGAUGUAUGACUGUGAAUCUCGCUGUACCAGUUUGAUUCAUUUGGGUUUUUUGUGAGAACUGAAAGGUUGAUUGUGAACGCUCCAUGGAGAUACACACGCUGACCAUCCUGAAAAAACACUGAACACUCGGUCUAAGUUCAUUUUUAGCUAAAUGAACCCUUUUGUUUGUGAAGAGACUGAUGAGUGUCACUGUGUGUGAUGUGCAGCUCACUCACUCCAACAUACACUCUCCACAUAGAUAACAUGUACAUUGACACUGUACAGACUGUAAAAAAAUAAGUAUAUAGAGAAAUGAGAAGAAAAAGCAACAUAUGUAACAGUGGAA